AUGUAUGUCCCGGUGAUGACGUUAUGCGGUCACAAUUACUGUUAUGAAUGCAUUUCGAGUUGGAUCGUGAGCAAUAACGCUAGCGAAUUGACUUGUCCACAAUGCAGAACUACCUUGGAUCAGCCUCCGAUUGUCAACUCUGCAUUGCAAGAUUUGCUAAGUGCAGUAAUAGAUCGCCAAAAUGAUCCAAAUUCAUCGAUUGAACGUGCGAGAACUCAAAGCGUAAAACUGCACAAGGAAGACUUGGCUGCAGGUAGUCUUUACAACAACGUUUUCGAAAACACUGCGUUGGCGGUGGUAGACGAUGACGAUGGUGUAGCACGCUGCAGUAGCUGCCACUGGGAAGCGGAAGGUGACACAUGUCCACAUUGCGGUGCGCGAUUGAGAAACAGACCACAAGAUUAUGACGAUUCCGACCAUGAGGGUUACCUAACUGAUAGCCCCGAGCCACGCGGAACUAGACUGCCUACCGGAACCAGUCGCCAUUCGUGGUCAUCGGACAACGAUUCAGGCCAUUCUGUGGACAGCGACGCGGACAACUCGGGCAGUGAUGAUGAUCAGCGUCCCAUAGGAAGCGCCCGGGACAUUCUGAACAGAGUGAACGCUUCGGGUCGCACUCACCUCUUGAGCGAUGGUUCUGAGCACGAUUCGGACCUGGACUCCUUUAUCGUGGACGAAGCUGAGGAAGACGACAUGAGUCGAGAAAGCAGCGACUCUUCAUCUUCGGCAAGGAUUAUUCCGAGAGCUGUCAAUUUUGAAAAUCUUGAUAGUGACGAAGCCAAUCAAGACGAAAUGAGUCGAAGGGGCAGCGACAGCUCUUCCUCAGGAAGGAUUACCACGAGGCCUUUCAAUAAUGAAGACUUUGAUAGUGACGAAGAUGAUGAAGAUUUAGAACGCGACAGCGACUUCUGGGAGCACAACGAGGAGGAAGGACAUGUGAGCGGUGACAGUCUUGACGACAUUAAUGGCGCUGACAGAAAAAUCAAGAAGAGAAGAUUUCAAGUCAUCGACGACAGCGAUGAGGACUAA